AGUUAGAGAUUCCUGUACACUGCCAUGCUGUCUAACAUGUUCCUGUGUCUUUAAAUACUGUACUGCACUGCACGGUGGUACUUUACAAACUUUGUUUAUUUGGUCUCCUUUCACUUUCUGUCUCCUUUUGCAGUGCCUUGAGUCAGUUCGCGAGAAAAUAGAUAUAUAUAAUGGAUGAGGAAACUUUGCCUCCUAACACUGGGGACUCUGAGGAAGAGACCUGGGCUUGUGGCGACGAGACAGAUGCGAAGCCUGACCGUAAAGCAAGAUUUCUGCUCUUUGGAAGCAAGAAGAACAAGGAUGAAAAGGCGCCGGAAAAGGAAUCGUCCUCUGAGCAGCGCUACAGGAUCAUUUCUCCAAUGUGCCAAUAUAAGAUGAACUACCCGCAAGUGGGAAAAUGUAUCAUCAUUAACAAUAAGAACUUUAAUCUUGAUACAGGGAUGAAUGUACGCAAUGGCACAGACCGAGAUGCAGGAGAAUUGUUCAGAUGCUUUAAAAACCUUGGUUUUGAAGUUUCCAUCUACAACGACCAGUCCUGUGAAAAAAUGACAAGCAUACUGAAAAAAGUGUCAGAAGAGGAUCACACCGAAAGUUCCUGUUUCGCCUGCAUCUUGCUAAGCCAUGGAGAGGAGGGCAUGAUAUAUGGAACAGACGGGGCCAUGCCCAUCAAAAACAUAACCUCCCUCUUCAGAGGAGAUAUGUGCAAGAGUCUUGUAGGCAAACCCAAGCUUUUCUUCAUCCAGGCAUGUCGAGGUUCAGAGUUCGAUGAAGGUAUACAGACUGACUCAGGAACACCUCAUGACGUUGUAGAAACAGAUGCGAACCCAAGACACAAAAUCCCAGUGGAGGCAGACUUCUUGUUUGCAUACUCCACUGUUCCAGGUUACUAUUCAUGGAGGAAUCCCGGCCGGGGCUCUUGGUUCAUCCAAGCUCUUUGUAACAUCCUGAAUGACUCCGGCAAGCAACUGGAAAUCUUGCAGGUCCUCACACGUGUCAACUACAUGGUGGCAAACAACUUUGAGUCCUGGUCUGAAGACCCACGCUUUAGUGAGAAGAAGCAGAUUCCCUGUGUUGUCUCUAUGCUGACCAAAGAGCUUUAUUUUAACUGAUAACUAUAUGACCUCAGAGUCUCUUUAUGGUCUUUGAUUUCCUUUUUUUUUUUU